UAUAUUUAGGUGAUUGCACCCUGUUGUUAUGUUACGGUUCCUUGCAUAUAUGCUCUACACUGCUUUGCUAUUAGUUGUCAUGUUUUUGUCUACUAUUCUUUUUUAAAGAAAAUUAUUGUUUUGAUUUGUUUGAACCAAGGGUUUUUUGGAGACAAUCUUUCCGCCUCUGGUAGGUAGCGUCGUAUAUAGUGCUAAGACCUGCGUACACUCUAUUUUUCGUGGAUAUGUUACUAUUGCAAUUACCAUAUAAGAAGUACUACAAGUUGUAUCUUUUGUCAAGUCAAUUCUAUUUAAGAAAUACAUUUUUAAAAAUAUUGGUCAAAGUUCACACAAUCUGACUCUCGAGAAACAAAACGUGAUAACUAAUUUGAUACAUAGGCUAUAACAAUUAAAAAGAAAUUCAAUUAGGCAACUUCAAUUGAUGGAAAAUAGAACACUAUGGAUCCUAUAAUGCUUGCUAGAAUGGAGGCAAUCUUGUUUUGUCCUAGUCAAUUGGGACUUAGUCUUUUUUCCCUAACCAUCAUUUUUCAACUACCUUCUAAUCUAGUCUCAAAUUUCUCACCCUAUUCUCUUACAACACUUGAAAAAAAAAAAUGAAACUAAAAUGAUUUGUUAUCCUUGUAAAAUAAUUUUGUAUAAAAAAUAUAAUUUGUUCUUCAUGAAUGUAUAGUGUUCAUAACAAAAAUCAAUAAAAAAAAAAUGAAGGUAGAAACACUUACUCUUGUGUUAGUUAAUUUAGCAGGUGUUAUGGAAAAAGCAGAUGAAUCAUUGUUACCAGGAGUCUAUAAAGAAGUUGGUGAUGCACUCCAUACGGACCCUACCGGUUUAGGUUCACUCACUCUCUUCCGGUCCAUGGUCCAGUCCACGUGUUAUCCUAUCGCGGCUUAUCUAGCUGCACGUCACAAUCGUGCUCAUGUUAUUGCCUAUGGUGCAUUUCUAUGGGCUGCAGCUACAUUCCUCGUCGCUUUCUCCACCACCUUCUUUCAAUUGGCAGUGUCAAGAGCUUUGAAUGGGAUUGGAUUAGCCAUAGUUUCACCUGCAAUUCAAUCACUAGUAGCUGACUCUUGUGAUGAAAAUAAUCGCGGAAUGGCAUUCGGAUGGCUGCAAUUUACAAGCAACAUUGGUUCACUUGUUGGUGGUUAUGUUUCUUUAUUGAUAGCUCCUAUAACAUUCAUGAGAAUUCCAGGAUGGAGACUUUCAUUUCAUCUUGUUGGUUUGAUAAGUGUGGUUGUUGGCAUUCUAGUUCGUUUAUUCGCGACUGAUCCUCAUUUUCCAGAUGAUAAUCUAAGGUCUAGUAGUAAAGUUCAUGGAAGUUCUUAUUCAUUUAUAUCAGAAGUUCAAGGUUUACUUGAAGAAGCAAAAUCAGUCGUAAAGAUACGGUCUUUUCAGAUUAUUGUAGCUCAAGGUGUUAUGGGAUCAUUCCCCUGGUCAGCUUUGUCAUUUGCUCCAAUGUGGUUAGAACUUACUGGUUUUACUCAUGUGGAGACUGCUAUUCUUCUUAGUUUGUUUGUUGUUGGUGAUUCUAUUGGGAGUUUGUUUGGAGGCAGAAUGGGAGACGUUUUAUCGCGGAGUUUACCUAAUAGUGGAAGGAUAAUCUUGGCUCAAAUAAGCUCAGGAACAGCUAUUCCACUUGCUGCAAUUCUUCUUCUUGCUUUGCCUGAUGAUCCUUCAUCAAUUUUCAUGCAUGGUUUAGUCUUGUUUGUCUCUGGAUUUUUCAUAUCUUGGACUGCACCAGCUACAAACAAUCCAAUUUUUGCAGAGAUAGUACACGAGAAGGCACGAACAAGUGUCUAUGCUCUAGACCGAUCUUUUGAAUCCGUGUUAUCAUCAUUUGCUCCUCCUGUUGUUGGUUUACUCGCUCAAGAUGUUUAUGGUUAUAUGCCAGUAACUCAAGGUGCUGAUAGUAUUUCUACUGACAGAGAAAAUGCUACGUCUUUAGCGAAGGCGUUGUUCACUGCAAUAGGAACUCCAAUGGCUCUAUGUUGUGUUAUUUACUCUUUUCUCUAUUGCACCUAUCCAAGGGAUAAGGAGAAGGCUCAAAUGGAAGCUCUGAUCGAAUCCGAGAUGCAACUCUUGAGCUUGGAUCCUUUGUCUCUUACCGGACAAUAUUCACUAGUCAAGUCAUCCGAAAACCAAGAGAGUUAUAACGAUGAAAAAACCGUUGAGGAAAUGGACUACAAUGAGGAUGGACUUGAUUUUGAGGAUGGUGAUGACAAGACAUUGAUCUAUCGUCGUCCAACGAGUUCAAAUUUUGCUGAAUAGGAGGUAGUCAAGUGAGUAAUAGACCUAAAGCAACUGACACAUAAGCUGACGUUACUAGCAGGUCUAAUUCCGUGACAAUAGAGCAUAGACUAUGAAUGACAUUUCAAUUAACAUAUGGACAACCAGAAUGCAGGACAAAGGCCACAAUACAAAUUGAUAUAGUUAAUGGAGUGACACAAGUUAUUUUAUUUUUUUUGCAAAACAAGAAUUAUCACAUUGUAACAAAUAUAAUAUAUAUUAGAGAAACUUAGCUUUCUGAAAAGAUGUACUCUUCUUUCUAGUCUUGUAGUCCUAUGUCAUUUGACAUGUAGUUUCGAUUAUGUCGGUGCUUGAAAUAAUUUUAUCUUCUUUAUAUUAUUAUGUCUUCUGGUCCCUUAGGAAAUUUUUUAAUCGCAUAAUUUGGGCUCCUCGAAUAUGGCGACCUUGGGGCUUAAUUUUUUUUUCUUUUAUUUCAGUAUAGGUUUUUGGAAUGCUAAAUGCUUUCAAACCUAAUUUGACAUGAAUAUUAGCAUAUAUUUAUUUGUUUUGUUCUUUCUAGUGCCUGCAUUAGGGUUUGACUAAAUCUAAAUUUACAUUGAAAAAGUCCAAGGCCAAAACUCCGUAUGAGACUUUUUGGCACGAAUCUUGAUAUCAAGUAGCGGUUUACUUUGGUUUGAUUAAAUCUAAAUUUGCAUUGAAAAAGUCCAAGGCUAAAGCUCCGUAUGAGACUUUUCGACACGAAUCUUGAUAUCCAGGAGCGCUUUACCUUUUUUAAUAUGAGAUUUUUUUGCGCGA